AGACACUGAGCAAGUGUGGACCACUUUUACGAUUCAUUCAUCUACCAGGGUUGGAGAAGUCUGGAUGAUAGAAGGAGAGGUUCAUUGUCUUCUUACAGGUGACUUUUGAUGUAUGAGAAUCUGACCAUGCUGAAUUUACAAAACAGCUCCAGCUGGACUGGCCCAAACAACUGGUACCAUCCACCUGACACCAUCACCCCACAACAUACGGAUGGCUGUGUGGAAGAUCUGAAUGUGCAGAUGGCCAGGGCAGGGGAAGGAGUGGUGCAGGGAGAGAGGGAUGAGGUGGAGGAUUCUCAGCUACACCUCCAGCUGAAAAGAAAGCUGCAGAGGAACCGCACCAGCUUCACCCAGGAGCAGAUAGAUGCCCUGGAGAAAGAGUUCGAAAGGACACAUUACCCAGAUGUCUUUGCAAGGGAGAGACUAGCAGCAAAGAUUGAUCUUCCAGAAGCCAGAAUUCAGGUAUGGUUCUCCAAUCGGAGAGCUAAGUGGAGGAGGGAGGAAAAGUUGAGAAACCAGAAGAGAUCAGGCAGCACCAGCUCCUGUUCUCAGACACACACUCCCCUAAACACGUCCUUUAACUCUCCUGUAUAUCAUCAUAGUAACAACUCAGGCUCAAUGCACAGUCGGAGUGAUUCCUCUCUCUCAAGCUAUGGCUCUCUGUCUGUCUUCUCCAGUAUGCAGUCUUUGCCCUCUCAGUCUACUCCAACGUAUUCCUGCAUGUUACCUCCUUCUCCCUCUGCCCUGCCCCCUCUUUCUCGUAAAUUUGACUCCUCAUCCUACACUCCUCCCCAUCUUCCGCCACCUCCCACGGCCAGCGCAAACACAGGAUUCUUUACUGGUGUGUCCGCAGUGGGGCAGUCUGCAGUCCAAGGCAGCGAUCAGGAGUUGGGACAUGGUCUAAGUCAGUACUGGACGAGACUGCAGUAAACAGCACAACUUAUCAUUAUCAGACAACCAGCAGAGCUUCGAACAGCACAAUUCAACCGUCAGUCAGCUGCUGGCCAACUCACCAGACAACCGUAUUUAUUUAGACGAUUUACACAAUCAGGGAAGCAGUCUAUGGAAGCCAUAAUCCUGUAUAAAAAAGACUGCUGUGGACCUCACAAACCUGCACAAAAGGAAGAGAAAAUGAAGUAGGCCUCCUGCAUUUUGCCCUGCACAUUAAUAGAGGCAAAGGUUGUUAAAGAAUAGGCCAACACCCUGCCUCAUGUAGCUAAAAAGUAGUUGUUUAAUUAAUGUGCAGCUAAAAUCAAUGUGGAAAUCUACAUGUGACCAGCAUGAGGGUGUUUUAAAACUCUAUAUGUAGAUAUCAGAUAUUGAUGAUAUGGAACAUUUGGGGAGUCUGGUAUGAAUCUAUUUGAAAUAUCCAAGGACGUGAACCAGCCAAUGAUAAUAUAGCACUGACACAGAACAAACAGAGACAAUCAAGCUUAAACUUGAGCUAAGCUGUGACAAUCAAUGAAGUACACAGUAUAGCUAAUAAUGAUAAAAACUGAACAUUAUUUUGAUUUUAGCCACUGACAAUAAAAGUGCGUCAUUGCGAAAGGCUGCUGAGACAAUCAUACAGUACAUAUGACCAAUCAAGUGUAUUAUACUGAAGUUAAGCUACUGUAAAUUGUUUAAUGGACAUUACUGUGAUUUUAAUUAUGGCUUUAUUUCACCACUCUGUAAAAUUCCUAGUUUUUCUUUUCUGUCAGAUGCCAUGACCCUGAAUUUCACUAUUGUGUGUGUGUGUGUGUGUGUGUGUGUGUGUGUGUGUGUGUGUGUGUGUGUGUGUGUGUGUGUGUGUGUGCGUGUGCGUGCAUGUGAAAGAGAAAGAUAGAGUCAGAGAGAAAGAGCAAGUGAUAAUGUUAUAGUAUUUCUCAUUAGAAUAGUGAACAUUUUAGUGUAAACCCUUUUGUGAAAUAACUCAACAUUGAAUAAAAAUAUUA